CUUGACUUUUUAUCCUUUUGCCUCUUUCCAUGUUCGACGCAUGAUAGCUACGAUUAGCCAGCUAGUAUAGUUUGUGGUUUACGAGAAUGAGCAAUCAACACUCUAUUGCGAGAGUGGCAGCGUUUCUGCUUCUGCAGCUGCUGCAUGGCACAUCGGGCUGGACGGUUUCUCGCCACCACACGACAAGAUCCUCCACUCGGCUGCUAUUUGCCAAUAUCUAUGAUGACUGGAGAAGCGAUGCCGUGGUGGAUACCAUGCCCUUGGACGAAGAAAAUGUCCGGAUGUGUCUCGAGGAAUUUGUGGAAUCCGAUUAUGGCAAUCAAAUGUUUGGUUGUCACGAACUGCCAGCGAGCUAUGGAAUUACAGGAGAGAUCGAAUUUGUGGAAGUCGCUGGACCCGAGGUGAUUCUGACGCUGGAUGGAGCCUUUUGGCAUCGACGAGAAACCGUGUUGGGCCGUGCUGCCAUGUGGUUGAACGCUCGCAUGCCAGAGAUUACCCAUGUCACUGUCGCAGAUGAGUCCGAAUUGGAAGAUUUUGAAAAUAUUGUAGACGAACUGAGUGGGGAAGUCCUCUAUGUAAAAGACAAGCGAUCCGAAGAUUUCAACGGAGACAGAGGCACCAUGGAAUAUCAAGGGAUCGAUCCAGAUAUGAGGGGUCCCUUUCCACAAGGCGUCGGUGGAUUGAGACCCGGUGGUUCCAUGAUAAAUCCCGCUUAGAAGUGCGCACACUCCAAAGGGCCCAGACUGCAAGCAACAAACUACAAUCAACUGGGCAGUAGGCAACGAUUUUGAAGGAAAGAACAAAAGCAAAAUAGUCAGUUGUGGGAUGAACUUUUUUAAGAUGGGAAAGACAGCUCCCUGAACAUUUACUAUACCGAUUGAUUAAUCAUUCGUUCCUUUAUUUGAGGCGGGCAGAAACGAGCAAAGCGAUUUGAGUCGAGUCAAAAGCGUACAAAGACGAAACAAAAGUGUGUCUUCGAUCUUCGGAAGGAUAGUCGCGGGUGGCACAGUCACCACGCAUCAAACAGUGGUAGAAGUGGUCUUCCUUUGCUUGG